UCAGAACACUGUAUCCUGUACCAACUGCUCUGUUGCUAGCUGGUUGUUAUAGUGAUAACAUGAGGCCUUGCCUCCCGGCUUCUCCUGGGGGGGGGCAAGGGAAGCCCUUUAAUUUAGCAAGGGAAGGAAAAGAAGAGAGGGGAGAAGGGGUGGGGAGAAGAGAAAGAAAAUAAAACGAGAAAGGAAAACAAUAUCCGGCUGAGAAGAGAAUAGGACAGAGGCCAUCACUGCAAGAAGCACCCACUGGCCAUGCCAGUGCUGCUUGCCUCUAAUGCUGAGUCAGAAACAGGCAUCCCAAAAUCCCUUUCUAAUGAGCUGCCUUCAGAAACCAUGGAGGAGAUAGAGCACACAUGCCCCCAGCCGCGAUUGACUUUGUGUGCACCUGCUCCAUUUGCAGGUGAAACAAGCUGUCAGUGCAGAGCUCCUCAUGAAAAGCUCACAGUUGCUCAGGCCCGCCUUGGAACACCAGUAGAUAGACCGGUCAGAGUCUAUGCAGAUGGAAUAUUUGAUCUCUUUCAUUCUGGCCAUGCUAGAGCUCUCAUGCAAGCCAAAACUCUGUUUCCCAAUAGCUACUUAUUAGUAGGAGUUUGUAGCGAUGAUUUAACCCAUAAGUUUAAAGGCUUUACGGUAAUGAAUGAAGCCGAGAGAUAUGAAGCACUCAGGCACUGCCGGUAUGUAGAUGAGGUAAUCAGAGAUGCUCCGUGGACACUCACACCAGAGUUCCUGGAAAAGCAUAAGAUUGAUUUUGUUGCCCAUGAUGACAUUCCAUAUUCCUCUGCUGGUUCAGAUGAUGUUUACAAGCAUAUAAAGGAAGCAGGUGAGGGAAUGUUUGUGCCAACUCAGAGAACAGAAGGCAUCUCAACUUCAGAUAUAAUAACUAGAAUUGUGCGUGAUUAUGAUGUCUAUGCUCGUCGCAACCUUCAAAGAGGAUAUACUGCUAAAGAGCUGAAUGUCAGUUUUAUAAAUGAGAAGAAAUACCGGUUUCAAAACCAGGUAGACAAAAUGAAGGAAAAAGUAAAGAAUGUGGAAGAAAGGUCUAAAGAAUUUGUGAAUCGCGUGGAAGAAAAAAGUCAUGAUCUCAUUCAGAAAUGGGAAGAAAAGUCUAGAGAGUUUAUUGGCAACUUCUUAGAACUGUUUGGGCCAGAUGGAGCUUGGAAGCAGAUGUUUCAAGAGAGGAGUGGGCGUAUGCUUCAAGCCUUCUCUCCACGACAGAGUCCCACAGGCAGUCCAACACGGGAACGUUCACCAUCUAGGUCUCCAUCUCCCCCUUCACCCUGGCUCUUCAGAAAGACUUCGCCUCCAUCUUCUCCUAAAGCUGCCUCAGCAUCCUUUAGCAGCUUGAGUGAAGGAGAUGAGGAUGAGAAGUAAAAAGUUUUAAAACUAAAUAAAGAGGAGAAAUUGUGAUUAGAAAAGGGGAAGGAAAACACUACACUCACUAAUUCACAAGUGAAGUGGAGAAGAAAGGGGGAAAGAUGCAUGAGAUGUCUGAAAAGGGAAGGGGCACUUAAGGAUAUUGGAGCAGAGCAGAUCUCGACUACAACACAGGUACUUCCUGUUGGGGUGGGGGUUGCCAGAUUGCCAGUACACGGUGAAAUGAUAUGCAAAUAUUUUGUGUAUUUCUGAACAAUUACAAAAAAUUUACUGUGCUGUUGUGGUUGUUGCUGCUUGAGCCACUGAAGAUCUGUGAAGAAUUUUGCAUCGAAGGGGACUCUGCAUCUAUGUUCAAAGGAACUAAUCUAGUAUUAAGCAGUAUUCCCUUUCCAAGAUGCAUCUACAUUUGAACUGCAUGGCAGAUUUGCUAAAAAGCUGGACUUUGCUAGAACAGAAUGAAUUACAGUCUUGAAACAGCACUCGCACAAUGCAGACAGGAGAACAAGAACCCCCAAAAUUGAACCAAGCCAGUAAUUUUUUUUUGUCUUUCACAAUGGACAUAUAUUUAAUUGGUUGGGCUUGUUGAUCAUUGUGUCUAGAGCAGGCUUUUGUAUAUAUGGGCAAGGUUUACUUUAAAGGGAACACAACUGGAUUGUUCAACUCUUAAUAUGUUUUACCAGUCUGGUGCCUCCAAAUCAGUCUUUUCCUUUGUUUUCAAAGUUUUUCCCCAGUCUUAGUUAAGAUAUACGUACAUUCAAUGUCAUCUUAUGACUGGGAAAAGUAUUAUUUAAUCCACAGACCAAAUUCCAAGCUAGUUCCCAAGUAAUAUUUUGGAUCCACAGGAUGGCUUUAAAAUGUUAUUUUCACAGAUACAUAGCUAUUUAAAAUAUGCAGGUGGUCCUUCCACACCACUUGCUCAAGUAACAUCAUGAGGUGAAACUGGACAAGGUAUGAAACCCAACUCAUGGAAUUGUCUGCAAUGAUGACUCAUGGGAAAAAGUUUUAAGGUGCAUUUUUCCGUAGGGACUCAUGGCGAGGAAAAGCAUGACAUUAGAACUAGUUUUUCUUCUCUACUGACCUUGCACUGGAAUAUAUUUUAAUAACUCCUCAGUGAGUUACAUUUUCUCCUGUUCUGCAUACGAAUCUGAUAAUGUUUUUAAUAAUACCGAACCAUACUCCUCUAAUGUCUAAUUCAGAUGCUCACCUGUGCAGAGUAGAGGUGCACAGAAGCAACUGUAUUCUUCUUGUCUAAGCUCAGCUUCUGCUCCUUACAAUCACAACAGUUUAUGUCAUUGGGCUAUCCCACACCUGCCAUUGAUAUGUCAAAGGCCAAACAUGAAAGCCCACCUUGCAAAAUAAUGCAUACGAGGAAGAGUGAGGCUAUUUCAGAAUUAUACAUACAGUAAGAUGCCAUUGUUCAGAAUCACUCUUCUCUUUUUUGUGACAUAUUACUACAGCUAAGCCAUUGGACAUGAGUUUUUUAUACUCUUGUAUGAUUCAAUAGUCAUCAUUCAGUACUCUGUCAAAGAGUUUGUUGCUACUGAUCUAAUAUUAACUGAAAUUACUCCUCUCACCCUCCCAUGACCAUCCCUUUCCGAACUGUGAAAAGUAACAAAGUGAAUGGAAUGAGUUGUGCUUGUCUAGCAGUUCUGCAUAAUCUGUGAUAGCUGAAUGUAGUUAUCAGUCGUGCAUGAUGGCCCACUAGAAUCUUCAUAGACCUCAGUUUUGUUCCCCAUCUCUAUAAGGAAUAGGUAUCCUCAUAAUUGGUGAUAAGCCACAAUACUUGCUUGCAGACCAAUGUUUGACUUUUUGGAUCUUGACCAGUGGACUAAUGACCUAGGUCAUUGUUUCUAAAAGAUUGCUUUGCAUAAUCCCAACCCCCUAUUUUAUGGCUAUCUGAAAAGCAUCAAAGUUAUUUGUUUAGUCACUGAGCUUUUUUAACAAAACUAGAAAAAAUCUAUUGGAAGUUUCAGCUUCUAAUAUUUGAUUGAAGAAUGACAUUAUCUGCACAGCAGUUGCACAGCACGGACAGGAUCAGAAAUAACACCUCCCUAGAAGAUCCCAAGAUAUAGCCAAUUAAAUAUUAAAAACAGUAUGGGGUUGGUAUUUGAGAAAGUACACAUCAGUUUUGACUGUCGUAAAAUUCUCUCAUGUAAUAGUUUAUUCAGUUUGUGAUACUGGCCGCAAUAUCUAUUUUGGGGGGAUUUCAUUAUUUUUACAGUAUGUAUUUCCUAUAUAAGGUAAGAAAUCUAUUAAGACAUUUUGGAAAGAAAUAGAAAAAAUAAUUACCAUAGACUUAAAAAUAAUGGUAGGAAUGAAACCUGAAACAUAUUUAUUAAAUAUGGUAAAGUUAAACUCGAAACAAGAGACAAAGAUUUGUUUAUACAUAUUAGGAGCAGCCAGAAUUCGAGUGGCAAAACAAUGGAAAGACAAGGAGGAACCUUCGGUGAAGGACUGCUUAAUAAAAUUACGGGAAUUAAUAUUAAUGGAUGAAUUAACAGACUCAUUGAAAGGAAAGGGUAGAAUGGAGCACGCAUCUCAGUGGGGGAAAAUAAAAAGUUAUCUUUGAGAGAAAUGGAAGAAAGAUUCCAAACCUGUACCAAGUGACUCGGGUAUAAAUUAGACACAAAACUGCUCCCAACAUUGCUAGAGGUAAAAAAAAAGUAAAGCAGAUUGUUAACAUAGAUAUAAAAUAAGAAGAAAGGUAUUAUUAAGAUUGCAAAGAAAAUAAAUGUCUGGUGGAAAAUAAGGAAGUAAAGAUGUUAAAGACUUACUAUUUUGCGUAAGAGAUAAUAGAAAGUUAUCUUGGUUAUGUGCUUACAUUGUGAUAAUUGUUUACUUUGUUCUUUUUUUAAUGGCAAUAAAGUUUAAAAAUAAAUAAGGUACAUGGAUACAAAUCCAUUUUGAUAACAGCACUCUGCAGCAUGUAUGGCAACAUGGACAUAGGAGAUUCUGAAAGCGGUACCAAAACCAAAACCAACCAAAGAACACCAACAUUUCCAAGCUGUGAAUAUAUGUAGCAGGAGUGCUUCCAUCGAUUAGAGCCAAAGCAUUGGCACUAAGACUAUUAAUACUUCCUUGUGCUUUGUUUCUUUUAGCUUGGUAGGUAUUUUGUUCAUUUGUUUUUAGCUAUCAUUCCAUUCUAUGAUGAUCAGUGACUUCUUAUAAGAGAGUCUGAAAUUUAGAGAAACAUGGGUCUCACUAAUUACACUAAUAAUUUUUUUAAAAUAUAUUCCAGUCCAAGGUCAUCAGUGAAGAAAAUUGCACUCUUAUGUCUGAGGAAGUGGACUUUUCCCUGAAAGCUCACAUUAAAAGAUAGUAGUUAGUCUUUAAGGUGCCA